AUGACUGUUGUUCGUAUUAUACGUUCUGAUAAAGUUGUAUCAAUGGUUAUUGAAUUUGUUGAACCACCAACAAAUCUUCAAAUCAAUAGUCGUUAUAUGGCUGGUGAAUUAACUAAUGAUUGGGAUCGUCAAUGUUUAUGUGUUAUUCUUAAAGACUUUUACAAUCUACAAGUAGCUGAAAUUGUUAAACAUAAAUUAUCAUCAAGCAGUUUUUAUUAUGUAUUGGCAAAAUGUACUGAUGAAGAAUAUAUUGAAUUUAUUUAA